AUGGAUGCCAAAAGAUAAUUAUGUUUGAAGUAUUCAAGAAGCAACGAAUGACUACAUGCAAGAUGCGAAGGCCACGUAUCUUGAACGGGUUCAAAAUGCAGAAACCGCAAACCAGCCACAUACAUUGUCAUUCCUCCCUCCCUCUCUCAAACCUUGAAGAUUUCAUUACAUAUUGGGAUGGAUAGAUUCAACGGAACCUCCCUUUUAUUCUUUCUUCUGUUCUGUGUCCCAUUCAUUCUUCAGUUUCAGCCUAUAGCACCUGAUGAAGGUAGCCAACAUAUUAAUCAAAACAACUACCCUGAAAAACCACUUCUCUCCAGGAUAGUAAUGGACACCAUUUCUCUAUUUAGAAAAUCCCACGAAAGUUCAUGGGAGAAAAUCAAAACCAUCAUACAUGACUUGCAGAUGCAGUUUUCCCCACCAGAUCUUGACUUUAGGGGUGGGGCUGAUAGAGGAGCUGAUAGUGUUAAAGGAACAAUGAUGGAUGCGGCUGAGAAGAGUUUUGACACAAGCAAAGAAACUGUUAAGGAAAGUGCAAGAUCAGCAGCAAAAGUGGUCGGAGAAGCUAUUCAUAAGACAACAGUAAAGGUUACACAAACUGACUCUGAGAAAGAAUCUCAAGCGGAACUCUGAUGCAAAAUCUCAGAAGUAUAUACUGCUGUUUGUGAAGGUGAUAGGAAGCUAUGUGAAAGUAACUUUCAUUUUCUUUGCUUUCUUACAUUAUUGCUCCAACUAGUUAAUUAGGCUAAAUGUUUGGAAAGAGUAAGGUGCAUAGAUAUUCAGAUAUUGAAGAAUAGAAAAGAAAAUUCAACCUUAUCUCCAACAAAUAUUAUAUCACUUAUUUUUUAUGACAAAACAUAAACAAUCAUUACAUCUC